CUUCACAUUCCACAGCUGCAACCUAUAUAAGGGAUGGGGCUCAGGGACUCUCGUUUUUCCUUGAAUACUUGAUGGGAGGUGUUUUCCUCAUCUGCAGCCCUCAGGAGCAUGGGGAGCACUUGGAGGAUUUGCGUUUGUUUGUACUGCUGCUUGUCCUGGCUCUCUGCGGGCACCCAGCGCUCCUCUCGCUCCAGGGGCCGGGGGGGCUCUGAGGAUGCCCCUGGGUUUUUGGCAGCCCCCGAGGAUGCUGCCAGGCAGCUGAGCGCGGUGCUGCAGCUGCCGCAGGCUGCGGGAGCAGCCCAUGCCCUGCUGCCCCCGCUGCUCAGGAUGCUGCGCGACCGCGGCCCCCGGGGCUGGCAGAGCGAGGAGCCGCGGCUGCAGCCGGACUCCAGGGCGCUGCGGUACAUGAAGAGGCUGUACAGGAUGUCUGCCACCAGGGACGGCAUCCCCAAGGAGCAGCGGGGCCGCCUCUAUAACACGGUGCGGCUCUUCACGCCGUGCUGGGAGUGCGAGCACCGCGGCCCGGGGAAAGGAGAUGUUCACUCGGUGGAUUUACUCUUCAACUUGGAUCGUGUUACUGCUCUGGAGCACUUACUCAAGUCUGUCUUGCUCUAUUCCUUUGACACAUCUGUUCCCAUUUCCUCUUCCAUUACCUGCAUAUGCCAUUUAUCCCUUAAGGAAUAUGAUUUUUCCAGCCAAGUUUGUCCUGGCAUUUCCCACUCUCUAGCUUUUAGCCUGCACUUUGACGUUAGGAAACGCAAAUGGGUGGAGAUGGAUGUGACUUCUUUCCUCCAGCCCUUGAUUGCUACGAACAAGAGCAACGUCCAUAUGGCUCUGAAUUUCACUUGUCUGACGGGUGAUCCACAACGGAGCACUGGACUGGAAAAUGCUGUUAAUGUGACACUGGUUCCCCCUUCCCUUCUGCUCUAUCUGAACGACACCAGUGAGCAGGCUUAUCACCGGGGGAGCUCGCUGGGGCACAGCAGGAAAAGCAGCAGCCUGCUUGCGGCUCCUCCGAAGGGUGACAGAGGACAAGGCAGUCCCAGGGGCAAAAGGGCCUCUCGCCAGCGAAGGAACAAGAACCCGGCCUCAGCUGCUUCUCCUCAUAACCUGGGCGAGUACCUGAAGCAGUUUGCGUUCCCUCAGCACGAGUGUGAGCUGCACAACUUUCGCCUGAGCUUCAGCCAGCUGCACUGGGACCGCUGGAUCAUCGCCCCGCACAGGUACAGCCCGCAGUUCUGCCGGGGGGACUGUCCCCGCGCCCUGGGCCACCGCUACGGCUCCCCGGUGCACACCAUGGUGCAGACCCUCAUCUACGAGCGGCUGGACCCCUCGGUGCCGCGGCCCUCGUGCGUGCCGGCCGCCUACAGCCCGCUCAGCGUGCUCACCAUCGAGCCCGACGGCUCCAUCGCCUACAAGGAGUACGAGGACAUGAUCGCCACCAAGUGCACCUGCCGGUAGCGGGGACUGGGCUUCGCUCCGCCCUGGGGUUUAUUUGCACUCUCAAAUGCGGGUUUUAAUUUUGCACUCUCAAUAUCUGUAGCUACGAUCGACUGAGCAGCGUUGCUGUAGCUCCGGGAGCUGGGAUUUAGCACGGAGUUAGCAGAAGGGGUUCACAUCAGAGCACUGAUUUUUGUACUCACUCAGCCUUUCUGGAAUGUGCAGUUAAAUGUAAAUAGUGUCUUUUUAUUGGGAGAAUUUUGCAUUUAAAAUGGGGAAAAGGUUUCAACUACUAAAUGUCUAUUUUUAAGCUGCUUUAUUACAGAUUUAAAAAGAGAAAUAAAUGGCUAUCACACAUACCCUAACACACAGUGCCUGCUACUCUGCCUCUACAGAAACCUUGUGUGUGGCAUCUCCAGCAAUGACUAGGAAGAGAAGAAAGUCCUUAAUCUCAGAAUUAAUUAUUCAGUUUUUCAUUCUUUCCCUACCACAUCCCAGCUCUUCCAAGCAGGAUGACAAAACCCUUCCUCACAGUUCUAGAAAGAGUUACCAGGUUGUUUUCUGCUUUUCUUCUGUUGCACUCUUUGGGCUUUCUGAGCUAAAAGAAGGGUAAGAAUUUAAGGACUGCUGUGGGUAAUUUGUGAACACUUAAGGCACUAUUUUGGUAACAAUUGGCAUCAGGUGAAGCUCCCUUGAUUCAGGAACAAGGAGCAGCUGUCCAUGGGAUGAGGGCAGAGGAUUAUCCACUGGAGCCACACUGCCACUGGUUUCUGAAGUAGGAAGAAUUGUUUAAAAAACUGAAUCCCCAAAACUGGCUUCUAAAAGCCUUAAAUGUCUGGAUGUAAAUGCUGUUCAAUGGGUUUAACAUUUGGAAAUGUGGGACCACAGUUUUGUUUCCUCUCACAAUGAAACUGUAGGUAACUAGUGCCUCAACUCUAGAUGAUUUCACACUAAGUUUUUACUAUAAGUGAUUUAUUAUGAUUUAUCUUCUCCUAGACUUGG